AUGAAAACCCAUUUUCAAUUGCCCUCAACAAUUUACCAUAAAUCUAAACAGAGUCAAACCAUAGAAGAGCAACAAGUUGAAGAAGAGGCCAUCUUGCUAGCGAGGAGGCUCUCGAACGCAGCUGCCUUCCCCAUGGUUCUCAAAGCCGCUUUGGAGCUUGGUGUUAUCGACACAGUCGCCACCAUAGGCCAUGGCUCUUGGCUCUCUUCUUCUGAGAUAUCAAUAAGACUCCCAACCAUACCUACUAACCCCGAGCCUCCGGUGUUGCUGGACCGUAUGUUGCGGUUACUCGCUAGCUACUCGAUCCUAAAGUGCCGCAAUGUUGUAAAAGAAGAUAGCGGUCAAACCGGCAAAAUCUGGAUGGUAUAUGGAGCCGGGCCGGUAUGCAAGUUACUCUUGAACAAUAGUGAUGGCUCAGGCUCUUUUGCGCGUCUCUGA